GCGGCGGGCUGGAACAAAGGGGUCGGGCCGGCGCGGCAGCCGGGAAGGAGCGGUUGCGCGGAGGGGGUGUGGGCGCCGGCGGCGGCGGCGGGAGGAGUGUCGCCAAACUGCCGCCGCUCCGUAGAGCGUGAGCGGCACUCGCUGGCGGCGGCAGCCCGCCCCUCGCUGCAUGGCAGCUCGGUGAGGGAGGAGCGGGCGAGGGUCCGGCGCUGCCCGGAAGCCGCGGCAGCAGCAGCAGCGCCCGCCGCACCGGCCGGGAUGCACUCCGCUCGCCGCUAAGGCGCAGCCCCGCCGCGAUGCUCUCCCCGGAGCGCCACCGCCACCCCCGGCACCCGCCGCCGCCGCAGCCGCCGCCGCCGCCGCACCUCCCGCCGCAGCCCAACCAUGUCGUGGCCACCAUCGAGAACCUGCCGGCCGAGGGCGGUGGCGCCAGGAGCGGCAUCUCCGCGCCCUCCAACGGCGUGCGCCAGCGGAUCAGGAAAGUGCUGAACAGGGAUCUCUUGCUGUCUGUGGCUCUUGGCCAGGUACUCUCGCUCCUUAUCUGUGGCAUUGGACUCACAAGCAAGUAUUUGUCAGAAGAUUUCCAUGCCAACACACCUGUUUUUCAGAGCUUCCUCAAUUAUAUCCUUCUAUUCUUGGUCUACACAACAACACUAGCAGUCAGACAAGGAGAAGAAAACUUGCUGGCAAUUUUGAAAAGAAGAUGGUGGAAGUACAUGAUCUUGGGGAUAGUGGAUAUAGAAGCCAAUUACCUGGUAGUAAAAGCUUAUCAAUACACCACUCUUACUAGUGUACAGCUCCUAGAUUGUUUUGUCAUCCCAGUGGUGAUACUGCUCUCCUGGUUCUUCUUGCUGGUACGAUACAAGGCAGUACAUUUCAUUGGGAUCGUGGUCUGCAUUCUGGGCAUGGGCUGCAUGGCAGGAGCAGAUGUCCUCGUUGGGAGACAGCAAGGAGCAGGUGAAAAUAAACUGAUAGGGGAUCUCUUAGUAUUGGGUGGAGCAACACUGUACGGCAUCUCGAACGUUUGUGAAGAGUAUAUUGUCCGAAAUCUGAGUCGGGUGGAGUUCCUGGGCAUGAUUGGACUCUUUGGCUCCUUCUUCAGUGGAAUCCAGCUUGCAAUCAUGGAACACAAAGAGCUGUUGAAGGUUCCCUGGGACUGGCAAAUUGGCUUGUUGUAUGUCGGCUUUAGUGCCUGUAUGUUUGGCCUCUACAGCUUUAUGCCAGUGGUCAUAAAGAAGACCAGUGCUACUGCUGUCAACCUCUCCCUACUCACAGCUGACCUAUACAGCCUUUUCUGUGGAUUAUUCCUCUUCCACUACAAGUUUUCAGGACUUUACUUGCUAUCGUUCUUCACCAUCCUCGUUGGGCUAGUGCUUUACUCCUCCACAUCCACUUACGUAGCCCAAGAUCCUCGGGUGUACAAGCAGUUUCGAAACCCUUCGGGACCUGUUGUAGACCUGCCAACCACUGGCCAGCUGGAGCCUUCGGUAACAUACACCAGCCUGGGGCAGGAGACAGAAGAGGAGCCUCACGUCAGAGUUGCUUAAGCCCAGGGUCAUUGGUCGCCUGCUGAUGAUUCAGUGGAGCUCGUAUAUUCAUUAUCUCUGUAUUGUACAUAGAGAAAGGUAUUUACCAGGUGCAGUUACUCUGGUGAGCUGCAAGGUAGCAAAUAAGGAAAGCUCAUAAAAGUGCAAAUUAGUUGUUCCAGGGUGUUCAUUGCAAGGAGAUUCCAUGUCCCUUGUUUAUGAUGUGAACAGCAUGUUUGCCAUACAAACUGCUGUAUCUGAAUCAGUCUUUCAAACUACCUAUGAAAGAUAUUCAAUAUAGAAGCUGAAAUUACAAGAAGAAAUUCAUGGAAGCGGGUAUUUGCACCCACUGAGAGAUAUUAUGCCUAAGCCACACCAGUUGUGGAAAAGAUAUCUUUUUACAGCAAAUACACUUGUGUAGUCACUGUUGAUUUCUCUCUAAGAUUUGUUUGUUUGCACAAAAUAGAUGGGUUACUCAUGGUAACAACACCCUGACACAUUUUUACUAGCACCUUGAAUUUGGUGAGGGAAAUACAAUAAAUUCAUCUGUGCUAUCUAGUUGCCCUUUCUAGGUAAUCUAUUCCAUGAAUCCAGAGGAGGGACAACUUACAAUAUCCGUCUCUAUUCUAGGAAUAGGUAUAAAGUGAGCAUUUUAGCCUUUCUAUAUUUGCAAGAAGUGAAGUACUCUAGCAUUGACCUCUCUAUGAUCCAUGGCAGAUUUCCUAGCAGCUGAGGUUCUGCAUCAGGUGAUAGGGAGUUAAUUUCUCUGUAGUUGUGACUAACACAGAUUUCUUACUUUUAAAAUUUUAAUCUGUUAAAGAAAAAUGCAUUUUCUAGUUUCCUAUGUAUUGUACCUCUCUAUGGUAAGAUGACAUAUCAUGUGGAUCAGGGCACUUAUUUUAGAUACUCGGUGCAUCGAGGGCGCCUUCUGUUGUUCCAGUGUGCUUAGUCUCCUGUGGUUCAUUGUUCUAACAAUAGCUGUGUAGAAAUUCGUCAGGUUUUCACCAAAACCCACAAAUUGUAAAAAUUGGGAAGAUUAUGCGAGGAAUUCAUGAAUAGGAACACUGGACCAUCUGCUGGUGUAGCACAAAAGCAUCCAUACCAGCAGGGUGAAGCCAAUUAUCUUUCGUUAACUACAAAACUAGCAGAAGAAUUCAGCAGUUUUCUUACAUUCCUGGGAAUAUAUGAAAGCAGUUAAGGGUGUGCUCUGCAACUGCAAUUCUGCUCCAUGAGCCUUAUCAGAAGGGGGAAAAUCUUAGCUGCAGUCAUGAGAAUCCACUGUGUGUGCUCUUUUGAGAGCACAAUGAGAAGUAAUCACAAUUUCAAUAUCCAUCAUCUAUUUUUAACUUAAAAAUAAGGAAAAGGUAAUGGUAUAAUGCCAAACAGAUAGGAAAGAAAUCCAGGAGAGCUUGGUUUUAUUCACAGAUUUGCCACAUCUCUGCAUCAUCUUGGGCAUGACUUACCUUCUGUGUGGCUGCAUUUCCCAAUCUCUAUGUAAGGGAAUAGUUAUAUUUUACCUACCUCACAGGGGUGCUAUGGGACCAAGUAAAAGUGUAUUUAUUCAUCGUAUUUGAACAUGGGGUUUACAGCUGGGCUGAUGAAUAUUUUGCUUGUGGGCAUAAAAGGUGAAUUUGAUUUGAAUGGCAUUCUGCUGAGGAAGUCUAUCUAAAGUGCAAAUGUAGGUCUUCAUACUUGAAAAAUACAGCUUUCCUACUUCUAUUCUAAAAAAGAAAAAAAAGAGAACAGAAAGCCUGUACUCUGGAGAUUAGAAAGGCCACAGGUCAACCAAAGAGGAUGAAUUUCUGCUGCGGUAACUUCCAUCUUUUAUAGUCCCGUUCUGCUUUAGGAUUGAAAAGACUUCCCUGAAGCAGACUGGGAGAAAUAUCUAUCCAAAUAUACGUGAAGUGACAAAUGCCAAAAUGCUGCUGAACAGCAGACAUAUGUUUUCUCUUACUUGUGUUGUGGCUGAGGAGAAAAGGCGAUUUCUGUCCCAUCGUGUUUAGGCUGUCUGCCAGUCUCCCGCUGCAGCUGAGGGAAGGGUCUGCAGUAUUGUCAAACCGUACUCAAAGCCAUUCUAAAACCUUCAGUUAAGAUUCUCUGAUUUUUAAAUCAAAAAGAAUGAGAUUUUUUUUUCCUGCCUUCUGUUUUUAAAUCAUCUUUAGCAUUCAUCUUUCCAAGCUUUUU